CUUUCAUUUUUUAAGGAAGAUGAUGAAAGUUGGUAUACUACUUUUCAUUUUAAUAACUGCCUCCCUCGUUUCGUUCGAAGUAGCCUUUGCUGCCACCGCGAGCGGUGGUCCGGAUCAAAUAUUGACGACGCUGAAAAGAACUUUUGGGAAUGCAUACAUACGCGAAGAGCGCGGACAGGCUACACCCCAAGAGCAGUAUGCUGUCCUUUACAUCCAUAGAGGUGGUCCCAGGGAUAGCUCAACUCCAGUUUUCGAUGUUAGCAAUGUUUGUGGUAAACCUCCAAAAAAUUUUAUUAAAGAGACGAUAGAUAACUGGAGCCGUGGAAUCAGGGGAAAAGGCAGGGACGUUUACAGUAUUACACAGAAAAACUCUCCUCUCUGGCCAGCCUCGGUAGAUGACGGUCCCACUUUGGCCAAGGAUUGCGAAAGUAUGGGUGGUCUUACCCCCCACCCGAAUAUAGCCACCGCUGGUAGAAUACAGACCCCAGGACGUACGCCAAACCCAACAAAUAAGUUUCACAGUGAAUAUUUACUAAAGAAAGUAUCUAACAUAAUGAUGCUAACUUACAAGACAAAAGAGGGCGAUUGUCCAGGAGCUGUUUAUCUGUACUCCUAUCUUACCCCUUGCAACACUUGUAAAGAUACCGUUAAAGCUAUAUUACGCGAUCUCCGGAUAAGCAGAGGCAGAGACGGAAAGUCUUGUACAGACACGCCAUUUUAUCUUGGUUACACAAAUGAGUACCCAGAAUGGAAUAAAGUGAAACCAUACUUGCAGAAAGCUGGAAUUAUAGUAGUGGGACCAAUAGAUUAAAAAGGUGGUAGACUAAAAAUUAUAAAACUACCUUGCCAUUACAUCUUAUUAAUUACUGAUUUAUUCAUUCAUUCAUUUAUUAAUAUAUUCAUUCAUUUGAAGUAAUUCAGUUGUAAUGAUAAUAAUCAGUUAAAAUUAAAAAGCGAAUAAAUGUAUUUAUUUUUGUUUCAAAAGUUCUGCUGUUCUAUAAAAUAUAACUCAUUUACUUAGCUUGAGACUGACUAUACACAUGACCUACAUUUAUUUAGACGCAUAUGUCUCCUGAUGAUCGUAGUAAUGCGUGAAACUCGGAGUAGAGAAGAAAAAAAAUGUUAAAAUCAUGCUGAUUUAUACUGAUAAAUUUAAGUUCAAUUUUCAAAUUGUUGAAAAAUACGAAUGUUUUCAUCAAAGACGUUCACAAGCCAUUUAAGCCUAGUUUCCAUUUGGUCGUUAGUUGUCGCUGGCACGACAAGCGGUAGAUGUGAAAUAGUCUAAUAUAAUAAUAGUCUUUUUGUGUGAUAUGCAAAUCAGUGUUAAUGAUUGCAGAGUUUUUUGUUGACACUCUAUUACAUCAGCCACUUGUCG